UCGGCCAGAUGUGGGAGCGUCAGGCAGCAGCAUGGAGGAACGCAGCACUUGCACGUCCUUCGGGCAGCUCCAUGUGUGCCCUGGCGAUGGCCGCUCUGCUCUCCAUGCUGCUGGCGCCCUCAUUCCUCCUGAGCCAGGAGCACCGGAAUAAACAUCUUCCAACCGUGGAACAGAACUCCAGCCUAAACGUGAAGUUUGACCCAAAGACGACAAAAUUAACUUGGGACUGCCAGGAAAACGCUACCUACGGGGAAUGUGUGUUGAUUCACAAGGAGAAGGGACAGAUUAAAAAAAAGGUCAAAGACAAGGAAUGUCAGUGCACUUUUCAGGACUGUUCUCUCCAUGGGGGAGUCACGCUCACUGUCGAAGUAAAUAUCAACCAAAGACGAAUUUCAGAAACACUGGUCUACCCGAACCCAGGUGGGGAAGGCACAGCUGCCCAAAACUUCUCCUGUCUUAUCUACAAUGCGGAUUUCAUGAACUGCACCUGGGCCAAGGGCCAAGCAGCGCCCAAUGACGUUCAAUAUUUUUUGUAUAUAAGAGACUCAAAGAAAAAAAUCGAAAGAGAAUGUCCUCGUUACCUAAAAGACUCGGGAACCCACGUGGGAUGUCACCUCCAAGACCUCUCGGGAUUAACUUCGUACAGUUACUUCCUGGUUAAUGGUACCAGCCAAGAAACAGGAAUCCAGUUCUUCGAUUCGGUUUUGUUGUUAAAAGAAAUAGAGCAAUACAACCCACCCAACAAUAUCACUGCGCACUGCAACGAAUCACACUGCUUCAUCCAGUGGGAAAAGCCCAGGACCCGGAAAACACUGUCCAUCAGGGAGUUCCAGUACCAGCUGGAUAUCCAGAGACAGAGUAAUACCGGAAGCAGUAGAAAUCAACUGAUUGUGGUGUCUGGUGACUCGGGGAAUAAAUACAGCUUUCCGAGACUGGGGUUCAGAGCCAAACAUACUGUGAAGAUCAGGACGGCAGAUGCCCGGAAAGCCCACUGGGGUGCCUGGAGCCAGCCAGCUGAGUUUGGCUCUGCAGAACCAGAAUCCAGCCUGGUGCAUGUCUACCUGCUGGUGGUCCUGGGGACCCUCGUCUGUGGCCUGACCGUCAGCUGCCUUUUCAAAAGGUUCCUAGGGACACACAGGUUAUUCCCGCCAAUUCCACGGAUCAAAGAUAAAUUGAACGAUAACCAUCAAAUCGACCACCAGAUCCUCUGGGAGAAAUUUACACAUGAUGUGGGAAAAGGUGACAAGGAAGAGGUCUUAGCCGUGGAAGAAGUCACAGAAGCCCCAGCGAACGCGUGAAUUCCAGAUGUCUGCAUCCCCGGGACUUUCUGGAAGUUGUUGGUUUUUUUACAAUUUCUUUUCAUGUUUUUUCAAUGUUUUGCUUACUUUUUUUGAAUGUAGCUUUUUAAAAUUGUUUUGAGCAUUUUUCUAGCUUUCUGUUUUGUUUUGGUUUUUUUACUCUAAAAAAUAAUGUGAUGUUUUGCAAAGAUGCUUUUGUAGUUGGAGGGAUGGUUCGAGGCCCAUCGAUCCUGACCACGUAAUGCGCCUUCCAGCUCCUCCAGGGAAACACCAUCCCUUCCUCACAGGGAGGGGUCCAAGCCGCUGCUGGCCGCUGGGGAUGGGAUGAGGGUCUGUGCCACCGCCCGCUUCCACUGGCAGAAGAUUCUCAUCCUCUUUUUUUCUCUACUGGCUGCAGUGUAGAAAGGAAUGGCUUUCCAGUGGCUGCUCUAACAGGACCACAAUUCCUGAGUCGACACGGUGGGAGCCUAUAGCUUGUAAGCCCUCCCGCCCGCUUCUUACAGGGAUGCUUGUGGACUAUGUCACACCCACCUGGCUAAUCCAGGACCAAGUGCCCAUCUCGAGAGCCGGGACUUAAUCACAUCUGUAAAGUCCCUUUUGUCAGAAGGCAACAUUUUUAUAGGGUCCAGGUAUUAGGAUGUGGACCUCUUUGGGGACAUUAUUUUGUCCACCACACGGAGAUCAGAACCUGGAGGUCCUUGGGGACAUUACUCUGUCCCCCACACGGAGCCCAAGGAGGGGAGCUUGGUCGAGCGGCCGUGAUGGGCGAGCUCAGAGCCGCCCUCACUCCUCCGAAUUCGCACCUGACCCACUGGGCUCUGUGCCCCCUCCCCAUACCUGCCCUGUGCAUUCCUCCCGUCUGACUUGGAUCCUAAGUCAAAACCAGCUGAGUGGGCUUCCUCAGUGGCGCAGUGGUUAAGAAUCCGCCUGCCAAUGCAGGGGACACGGGUUCGAGCACUGGUCCGGGAAGAUCCCACAUGCCGCGGAGCAACUAAGCCCGUGCACCACAACUACUGAGCCUGCUCUCUAGAGCCCGCGAGCCACAACUACUGAGCCCGCAUGCCACAACUACUGAAGCCCGCGCGCCUAGAGCCUGUGCUCCGCAACAAAAGAAGCCACCGCAAUGAGAAGCCCGCGCACCGCAACGAAGAGUAGCCCCCGCCCGCCGCAGCUAGAGAAAGCCCACACGCAGCAACAAAGACCCAGUGCAGCCAAAAAUACAUAAAUAAAAUAAAUAAAUUAAAAAAAAAAAAAAGAAAAGAAAUAAGAAAAAAAACCCAAAAACCCCAGCUGAGUUACAUGCUUUAUCAUAAACCAGCAAAGUCUUUGUUUUCAAUUCCAGUCUUUGCCUGAGUCCUGUGAGCAGUUUUAGCAAAUUAUCAACCCUGCGGAGGCGGGUCAUGGGAAGCCCUGAUUUACAGCCAGUCGGUCAGAAGUCCGGGCUGCCCGGGACUCCCAACUGGGGGUCUGAAGGGAGUGGGGUCUGGAGUCUUGGGGAGCCGGUUGUAGGUGUUGGAAAAUGGCCCAGAAGACCGCGCACACCCACAUGAAAAACACAGCAGCUGAGCGUUUCACUGCACGGAAGUCACAUCUCAAGAGAAAUGAGUUAUUUAUGUCUGUGAGUCUGUUUCUGCUUUGUAUGUAAAUUCAUUUAUUUUUUAGAUUCCAAAGUGAUGAUAACAAAAGGAGAAAGGAAGCGGGGGAGGGGAUAAAUUAGGAGUUAGGGAUUAAGAGAUACAAACUACUAUACAUAAAAUCGAUAAGCAACAAUGAUUUACUUUGUAACACAGGGAACAACAU